GUCUCAUGUUUCUUUCUCUCUUCGCCUGCCCAUGCCCCUUCCAGCGUCUUUGCCUCGCCACCCCGGGCAGCACCUUGUGGGGGAGGAGGGACUCCAGAAUGGCGGAAGAAAAGAAGCUCAAGCUCAGCAACACCGUGCUGCCCUCGGAGUCGAUGAAGGUAGUGGCCGAGUCAAUGGGCAUCGCCCAGAUUCAGGAGGAGACCUGCCAGCUCCUGACGGAUGAGGUCAGCUACCGCAUCAAGGAGAUUGCACAGGAUGCCUUGAAGUUCAUGCACAUGGGGAAGCGGCAGAAGCUCACCACCAGCGACAUCGACUACGCCCUGAAGCUGAAGAACGUCGAGCCGCUCUAUGGCUUCCAUGCUCAGGAGUUCAUUCCCUUCCGUUUCGCCUCUGGUGGGGGCCGGGAGCUUUACUUCUAUGAGGAGAAGGAGGUUGAUCUGAGCGACAUCAUCAAUACCCCUCUGCCCCGGGUGCCCCUGGACGUCUGCCUCAAAGCUCACUGGCUAAGCAUCGAAGGCUGCCAGCCCGCUAUCCCAGAGAAUCCACCCCCAGCUCCCAAAGAGCAGCAGAAGGCUGAGGCCACGGAACCUCUGAAGUCAGCCAAACCGGGCCAGGAGGAAGACGGACCCCUGAAAGGCAAAGGUCAGGGGGCUGCCUCAGCUGACGGCAAAGGGAAAGAAAAGAAGGCGCCGCCCUUGCUGGAGGGGGCCCCUUUGCGGCUGAAGCCCCGAAGCAUCCACGAGUUGUCCGUGGAGCAGCAGCUGUACUACAAGGAGAUCACAGAAGCCUGUGUGGGCUCCUGCGAGGCCAAGAGAGCGGUGGUGCACGAGCUGAUCCCAGCUGUGAUGACUUGCAUCGUGAGCAGACAGCUGUGCCUGCGACCGGACGUGGACAACCACUGGGCCCUCCGCGACUUUGCUGCCCGCCUGGUGGCCCAGAUCUGCAAGCAUUUCAGCACCACCACCAACAACAUCCAGUCCCGGAUCACCAAGACCUUCACCAAGAGCUGGGUGGACGAGAAGACGCCCUGGACGACUCGCUACGGCUCCAUCGCCGGCCUAGCAGAGCUGGGACAUGAUGUGAUUAAGACUCUGAUCCUGCCACGGCUGCAGCAGGAGGGGGAGCGCAUCCGCAGCGUCCUGGACGGCCCCGUGCUGAGCAACAUCGACCGCAUUGGGGCAGACCACGUGCAGAGCCUCCUCCUGAAGCACUGUGCCCCUGUCCUGGCAAAGCUGCGCCCACCACCUGACAAUCAGGAUGCCUACCGGGCAGAGUUUGGGUCCCUCGGGCCCCUCCUCUGCUCCCACGUGGUCAAGGCCCGGGCCCAGGCUGCUCUGCAGGCCCAGCAGGUCAACAGAACCACUCUGACCAUCACGCAGCCCCGGCCCACCCUGACCCUCUCGCAAGCCCCUCAGCCCGGCCCCCGGACCCCCGGGCUGCUGAAGGUCCCCGGCUCCAUCGCCCUCCCCGUGCAGACGCUGGUGUCCGCACGCGCUGCGGCCCCGCCACAGCCUUCCCCUCCCCCAACCAAGUUUAUCGUGAUGUCGUCGUCCUCCAGUGCCUCGUCCACCCAGCAGGUCCUGUCCCUCAGUACCUCAGCCCCCGGCCCGGGUUCCACCACCACCUCCCCGGUCACCACCACGGUCCCCAGCGUGCAGCCCGUCGUCAAGCUGGUCUCCACGGCCACCACCGCCCCGCCCAGCGCUGCUCCCUCCGGUCCUGGCAGUGUCCAAAAGUACAUCGUGGUCUCGCUCCCCCCGGCAGGGGAGGGCAAAGGAGGCCCCACCUCCCAUCCUUCCCCAGUGCCCCCCCCUUCCUCGUCCCCCUCCCCACUCGGCAGCAGUGCCCCGUGCGGGGUGAAGCAGGAAGCUGGGGACAGUCCCCCUCCAGCUCCAGGGACUCCAAAGGCUAACGGCUCCCAGCCUCUCAGCUCUGGCUCCCCUCAGCCCGCUCCUUGAUGCUCCACCCGCUGGCCCCGAUUCCUGCACAUGCGUACACACACACACAUGCACGCAGGACGGAAGAACGUAGUAGGCUGCUUCCUCCGUGUCACUUUCUUUUUAGAUCGCGUACAGCCAUUUCCUCAAAAUAAAAGUUUGGUUUGUAAGUUCA